AUGUAAGGAAUAUCAACUGAGCAAUUUGCAGCAACUUUAAAUCAUGCCUUUAAGGAAUUAAUUAGAAGAUAACUGCAUUCUAUAAAAGAAUUGGAUGAUCUUAGUUCUGAAUUUUAGAAAUAUACUGAUAAAAUGAAGAUUACUCAAACUUAUUAACCAAUCAUAGAUAUAUUCUCAUAAAUUAAUAAGUGGUUUAUAGAUAGAUUAGAAAAAGGAUAGAAUUUUACAGAUUAAAUUAUGUCUCAGAAAAAAAGAUAUGAUAUAAUUAUCUAAUAAGAAAGAGGUGUUUGUUUAGAUAUCUGUAAAUUAGACUUGAAUCGCUUAAAUAGUGUAAAAUAAUGUUUCUUUCAUUAUCAAUAAUAGUAUAUUAUAGAUAAUAUUUAGUAGUUUGAAAAAAGAAUGGUAAAGAGACUUUGUCGACUAUUAGUUAUUGUAUAUGAUAUGCCUAGAAUAUUAAUUAGAUUAUCCUUAAUUAUUAGUUGCAAUAUAAAAGUUAGAGAAUAAGAAUAAUCUAUUAUUAGAUCUUUUUAAGUCUCAUAAUAAAGAAAGAGGUUUCCUCUAUUAGUUUUAUUUAAAAUAUGCAAAAUUAAGAGUAUAAUAUUUUGAAGCUACAAAAUAUAAUGGAUAAUAAUUAAAGAAGAUGGCAGUUAUAAUUUAAAGAAAUAGCAAUGGAGUGAUUAAUAUGAUUUAAAGUGAUUAAACUCUUAAGAAUGAUCAAUUUUUAUUAGAGUUGUAAAAAACAAUAAAUUUUCUUGUUGAAAUUCAUUAAGAAAUUUUAGAGAUACUAAAUUAUCUUAUAAAAUUUGCAGACCAAUCAAAUAAUAGUUUGAAGUCAAAAUACACAAAAUAUAUGUAAUUAGUUUUAGAAAUGUAAUCAACUUCUAACUAGUCUUAUUUUCAUGAUUGUAAUUAUAUAAAAAUAAUAGAUGUAUAGAUUUAAUGCAAUAGAUGAGUCUAACUUUAUCAGGAAUGGUACAAUCAAAUAUUGUUAGAGAUAGAUGCUCUAAUAAUUUUGUCAUUGAGCUAAGUGAGCUUAUUUAUUUUAGAAUUAACACUUUGAAUACCAAAGCAAAUGAAAAUUUAAAACUAGCAGUAUAAUAAUAUAAUUAACGUAAUUAUAUUGUAUUAUUUAAGAUUAAUAAGUUCAUCACUAAAUAAGAGGAGAACAAUAAUGGAAUAAUAUGCUUGUAAGGUAAAAAGAAAUUUAUGAAAAAUAAUUGAAAGAAUAUUCUAAUGUUUUAUAGUUUAGAAAGCAAAGUUACUUAAAGGACGAGAGUAGAUUUUGCAAUAAUCCUAAAGUUAUUAAUUUGUCCUCUUUAGAUUUGCCAUUAACAACAAAAGAAUUUUUUAAAUUGUUUCUUAGUAAUGAUGAAUAAAACUUUUUCGCUUAAUUCUAAACUAAUGUAAUGAAGGAAAUUUAAGUCAAAUAUACUCAAUAUGAACCUGCUCCACCAAGUUUCUUUUUACAUGAAGAAAAUUAUGAUAUAAAAGAAUUGAUUGAUCAAUGCUGUGCUAGCAAAAGAGUUAUUACUUAUAAAUAACCUAAUCAAGAUAAAUUAAAUUUAUUUGGUCCAGAAUUUGUUAAUUGCAAAUGCGAAUAAUUUGUUUAUUUUAUUAGUGAUGCUCAAAUCAUGGUUGAACAAGAAGUUAUCAAUGAUGCAAAUCAAAAUUUUUCUAUCAGAAAAUAUAUGCAUAUUGUUCAAACCAAUAAUAAUGAAGUCUCUUUCCAGUAAUAUUAUUUUUUUUUAUUUUAGUUAUGGUUAUUACAAACAUGAACCUAAAUUCAAUUUAUUUGGAUUUCUAGAUAUGUUUUCAAUUUAAGAAGAAAAGGAUAUCUAUGAACAAUAAUUAUAACCUGCCAUGGUUAAAUGUGUCUAAUAAUAUUUGUAAAAUAAAGAGACUCUUAAGGAAGAGAGAAAAAAACAAUUUAUUCUCAAUAACAAUAUAGAUUAUAUGCUUAAUUAAUAAAGUGAAAUCAAUCCAAAACCUUUUUAACCCAACAUCCCAUUUAUUAAAUAAGCAAAUUAAUUAGCUUCAAAUAAAUGGACUAUAGCCAAUAUGUUAAGUUAGGAAAGUCUGAUGAAAUUAAUAUUUUUCUUAUUACUCUUAAAUUUUUUUAAACCUUAAGCAAUUUGA